AUGGCUGGUAGGAAAUCGACGAAAAACAGACAGAUUAGUGAAACAACAGUCAAAAAUCCGAAUCAACCGAAAACUAGCGCAGAAGAAUCAUUGAUUAUGUGAGUUUUCAAAUGAAAAUUUUAAAAACGGAGACUAGAAUUUGCGAAUUUGGAAAGCUAGUCCCCGUGUUUUUCUCCCGAAAAUUUGCAUAAAAAUCGGUUUUUACAGUUCGCCGAAUGGUGAACUUCGCCGACGACUUCUUGAAGCAGCUAUAGACGUCAAAGAGAAUAUUCCGUCUGAAACUAUUCAUAAUCGAAGAAUUACGCGAAGUUGCGCUUCUAGUAUGGACUCGGAAAAAGCGCCAUUUUCGCCGGAAACUAGGAAAAGACGAGGGGCACAGGUAAAUUCCAUUUUUGAUUGGAAAUUUGGUCGAAAAUAGGGAAAAUUUGAAGAAAACACUGAAAUAAUACGUUUUUUUCGAGAAAUAGUCGGUUUUUAAUGUUCUACGUCAUAGUCCACGUCCAAAAGAUUGUGUGAAAUCAAAAUGUAUUGAUUUUUACUGAAAAUUGUGAAUUUUAUACAAUUUUCUUAUCUAAUGUGAAAAUUUUCCACUUUUUUUUUCAAUUUCCAAUUUAUAAUCCUCAUUUAUUUCCUCUCCAUCUCUAACCUCCUUCUCUCCAUUUGCAAUCCAAACACAUAGAAUUUAUGUGUGCUGUGUCCAAAAAACUGACCACUGGCGGCUGUUCCUUUUCCUUCUAUCCUUUGUGGUUUGUUGGAAAAUCGUUAGAAGGCAGACACGCGGGGGUAUAGCUCAGUGGCAGAGCAUUCGACUGCAGAUCGAGAGGUCCCCGGUUCAAAUCCGGGUGCCCCCUAGCAUUUUUGCAAAAUUUUGAGAGGAAUUUUCUUGAAGCGAAGAAAUUAUGAAUUUUUAGGUAUCUUGUAGACAGUAGACAGAGUAGACAAUUUUUAAAUUCAAUCGACAGAAAAUGGCACCAAAAAACCUAAAAAUUCUUUCAGAUCGGCCCAAUCGCCAAACGCGCCUCAAUCGAGAAAAAAGACCAACAUCCCUCAACAGCCGCCAGCGACGAUGAUACAUUCUCGAAUUCCUCUGGUUCGAUAUCAUCAAUUUCUACAUCCUCAUCAACAUCGUCAAAAAAUAACACAAGACUUCGCGGAAAACCACUUCCAGUGAUGGAAGAAGAAGAUUCAGAUAUUGAAAAUGAAGAAGAGGAGGAACAAGUUCGAGAUAUUUUGGAGGUUGAAGUCGACGAUGAAGAGGAAUUUGAGGAUGAGGAAUUGGAAGAUGAAGAACUGGACGAGGCUGAUCUUCCACUUGAAAAUGAGCAAUUUGCAAUUAUGAAAUCAAGAAUGAAUGAUGUCACUUUGCUCAAACCGCCGAGCUCUUUAAAUCCGGAAAAAUUGCGAGGAAUCGGCUCGCCUGAACAAGUUUGGAGUUUGAUGGUUGGAAGAGAUGAAAUAUCUCGAGCUAGUAAUUGUUUGCUAAAUAAUCAUCCAGAAAUGUCGGAAAAUAUGCGAGGAUUAUUGAUUGAUUGGUUGAUGGAAGUUUGUGAGUCGGAGAAUUUACAUCGCGAGACUUUUCAUUUAUCGAUUGAUUAUAUUGAUCGAUAUCUUGAUUCGAAUGAUCGACCUGUUAAUCAAAAUACAUUUCAACUUGUUGGAGCUGCUGCUUUGUUUGUGGCAGCAAAAUAUGAGGAAAUAUAUCCGCCGAGAUGUGAAGAAUUUGCAAAUUUGACUGAUGGCGCAUUUAGUUGUGAAAACAUCAGACAAAUGGAGGUUUUAUUGGUCCGCGCAAUCAAUUGGACAUUAGGUCCGAUAACUUCGAUUCAUUGGCUUGCAACUUAUCUACAAUUAUUGGGACAGGAACCUGAAAAACAAUCGGACGAUGAGCAUUUCACUGAGCAGAACAAUUAUUUUGUGCCUGAGUUGAUGCGCGAGGAUUUUGUGCAUAUGGCGAGGAUAUUGGAUUAUUUGCUGUUUGAGGCAGAUUCGUUGAGAUUUACGUAUCGGACGAUUGCGGCAGCUGUGCUUUUUGCGUGCGUUGAACCGAGAGAGGAAGUCGAGAAUGCGACAGGUGAGUUUUUGGGUAAUUUUUCAUCGGAAAAUAGGAUUGUUAUAUGAAAUUUUAGUUUUUUAACAAACCACAAAAUUAUGCGUUUUGAAAAUUUCCUAAUUAUUGAAAAAAAUUGGAUUUUUUGUUUCAAUGUUGACUUUUUUCAAAGGUUUAUCUAGGAAGUACGAAGCCAAUAUUCAAUAGUUUUUGAUCUGGAAGAGUUCUGAAAGCCAAAUCAAUUUUUUAUUUCCAGGUUUUCUGUACGAUCAAUUAUCGGCUGUAAUUCGAUUUGUUGAACCGGUUGUGACGGUUUUCGAUAGAAGCCGAGAUGCUGGAGAUCCGUUGCCAACAAAUGAAAAAAUAACACCGGAAGAUGUGCAUAACAUUCAAACAUAUUUCAAAUUUGAUGAAAUUAGGCCAAAAGUUGUGAGUUUUUGGGCUGCUGAAGAUGGGGUUUUUUUCAAACUUAAAUGACUGAGAAAAUUCCAUGUAUUUAAAAAAUAUUUUGAGAAAUUCGAAAUUCUGGUGUCAAUAUUCCACGUUGUGAAAUCUGAAAAUAUUUUAAACUGCUCAAAAAAUCAAAAGAAAAAAGAAGGAAAUUUUCCAUGUUAUACAGAAAUUUCCUUUUCAGGACGAAGAACGGCGACUCAGAAAAAUGUCGUCAAAAAAUCUGUGA